AUGACCGUCCCGCUGUGCUCUGAUGCUGCGGCGGAGGAAUACCGGGGCCUGAUGCUGGAACUGGAGCUAGACGGACACGAGUUGGAGGGGCUUCCGCUGUCCUGGUCGAAGAGCCGCGUGUAUCUGCUGGGGCGGGACGGGCGACUGUGGGACUUUCGUCCUCAGGCGGCCAAGAACUUCCGGCGGACGAAGAACUCGUUCGAGAGCUAUUCGGCCUCGCACAUGCGAUCGCAGCUCACGCGUGAAUUGGGAAGCGGCUUCGAAAUCACCGGCACGGGACAUUACCUGGUGGCCCACCCUCGGGGGCAGGGGCAACUGUGGAGCCAGCGGUUCGAAGAUCUCUAUCGCUCGUUCGUGCAUUACUUUGGCGUGCGAGGGUUUCACCUCGAAGAACCAGAGUUUCCGCUGGUGGCCAUUGUGUGGCCGACGAAGAAUGACUUUUAUCGCUACGCCCGUAGCGAAGGAUCGCAACUACCGCCGAAUGUGCUGGGGUAUUACUCGCCCAUCAGCAAUCGCAUCACGCUGUACGACACGGGGGCCGGUUCUAACAGCCCCGAGGCGUGGAAACUCAACGCCGACACGAUCAUUCACGAAGCCACCCAUCAAACAGCCUUCAAUACCGAUAUCCAUCGUCGCUUUGGCAACAAUCCCAAAUGGGUUGUCGAAGGGCUAGGCACUAUGUUCGAGGCCCCCGGCGUCUGGGACUCGCGGAUGCACAAGAGUCGCGAGGACCGCAUCAAUCAGGGCCGGCUCGAAGGCUUCAAGACCUACCUGAAGACCAGCCGGAAGGUAGGCUCGCUGGCAGAGUUCAUCUCCUCCGAUCGCAUCUUCUUUCAAAACCCCAGCGCAGCGUAUGCUGAAGCUUGGGCCCUGUCGUUCUAUCUCAUGGAGACCCGGCCACGGCAGUUCGCCGAGUAUUUACUCCGAACCGUCGAGCGUGAGCCGUUUGAAGACUACACCUCGCAGCAGCGGCUGGCCGACUUCACCGCCGUGUUCGGCAACGACCUGCGUUUGCUCGAAGCGCAAUUCGUCCGCGAAAUCGUGUUGCUCGCGAAGAACGGCUUCGGUUUCGCUGUCGUACUCUUUCAACGCCCGAGCGAUUCCGAGUCGCACCGCGCCUGCUUGACCGGUGGGGCCACCACCGUUAACGCGGAUGAGAAUAUCGACUUGCUCACCAACGCUGGUGGCGACCAAAGGAGCCAAGGCCGUAUGACGGUCUUGCUCUUCGCAGAAGAAGUUUUCGACAGCGCGGCCAUUGAUGGUCAAUUGGCCACUACCCGGACGGAUCCGAACUCGGGCGAUCGACGAUUUGCGUCGGUUUUGUGCCUGAUGCGGGUGAUCGGGACCCGAGUAGAUCUUCAGCUUUUGGAUCAUCUUCUUGGCCAGCUUGUUCUUCGGAAGCAUGCGUCGCACGGCUUCGCUCAAGAUCAGCUCAGGACGACGGGCGAAGCGGUCUUCGGCCGAUUCGCUACGUUGCCCGGGGUAGCCGGUGUACCAAGUGUAUCGCUUUUGCUCCCACUUCUUACCCGUGAAAGCGAUCUUAUCCACAUUGGUGACCACGACGAAAUCGCCCGUGUCGAUAUGCGGGGUGUAGACCCGGGACCAGAGAUCGCCCCCACCGAGGGCGAGGUUGCCAUGCGAAUCGGUGUCCCCAAAGAAACGUCGCCGGACGAACGCCGCGUUGCUUUAGUUCCCGGCGUGCUUCCGUCGUUGACCAAAGCCGGGCUGGAGAUUGUCGUCGAGUCUGGGGCGGGGCUCCCCGCCGGGAUUGCGGACGAGGAAUUCACCGCCAAAGGGGCUACGAUCGGCAGCCGCGAUGACGCGUUUGCCGCCGAUGUGGUGGUGAGGGUCCGCUGCCUGGGAGCCACUCCCGAGCCGUCGGCAGACCUGGAACGCAUGCAGGCGGGCAAAAUCUGGAUCGCUAUGUGCGAGCCGCUCGGUCAGGCACAACACAUGCAAGAUGCCGCGGCGAAGGGGGUUUCGCUCCUCUCGCUGGAGCUGAUGCCGCGAAUCACCCGCGCCCAGAGCAUGGACGUGCUCAGCAGUAUGGCCAUGCUGGCCGGCUACAAGGCGGUACUGCUGGCAGCUAACACCCUGCCGAAGAUGUUCCCCAUGAUGAUCACGGCUGCCGGAACGAUUACGCCGGCGCGGGUGUUCGUCAUAGGUGCCGGUGUGGCGGGGCUGCAAGCCAUCGCCACGGCCAAACGCCUGGGAGCCCUGGUCGAAGCCUACGACGUGCGGCCCGCCGUAAAAGAACAGGUGGAAAGCCUGGGGGCCUCGUUCGUCGAAAUGGAACUGGAGACCCAAGACGCCCAAGACGCCGGUGGGUACGCCAAGGAACAGGGCGAGGACUUCCUGAACAAGCAGCGCGAAUUGAUGUCUCGGGUUGUGGCCGGCAGCGACGUGGUGAUCACCACGGCCGCCAUCCCAGGAAGGAAGUCGCCCCUGCUGGUGACCACGCCCAUGGUCGAAGGGAUGCACCGUGGAUCGGUCAUCGUCGACCUGGCGGCUGAAGGUGGCGGCAACUGUGAAGUAACUCAAGCUGGGCAGACCAUCGAUCAUCAAGGCGUAACGGUCCUCGGGCCGGUAAACGUCCCGUCUUCGCUGCCUCGCGAUGCCAGCCAGUUGAUCGCCAAGAACAUCGCCACGUUCUUGCUGCAUCUGGUCGAAGACGGCCAGGUGAAAUUCAACACUGAAGAUGAAAUUACCAGUGGAACCUUGGUCACCCGCGACGGCGAAGUCGUGCAUGCGAGGGUUCGCGAAAUACUCGGACUAGCCCCCGUGAACGCUGACUUUAUUAAUCUGGCUUAUCUCGUCGCAGCGGUUCUGUUCAUUCUCGGAAUCCGCGGCAUGACGCAUCCGCGGACCGCCGUGCGUGGCAAUUUGAUGGGCGCCUCGGCCAUGUUGCUGGCCGUUGUGGUCACACUGUUCGAUCAGGCCGUAAUAAGUUUUGUGUGGAUCGCCGUCGGACUGGUCAUCGGGGCCGUAAUUGGUGCAGUUCUGGCCCUGCGGAUCAAAAUGACCGACAUGCCGCAGAUGGUGGCCUUGCUCAACGGCUUUGGCGGUGCGGCUUCACUCGUCGUGGCCGGUGCCGAACUGAUUCGGCUGAUUCCAACCGAAACCCUGGCCGACGACCAGCAAGUAACCAUCGCAGUGGCUGCCAGUGGAAUCAUCGGCUCGGUGACUUUCACUGGAAGUUUGGUGGCCUUCGCCAAACUACAGGAACUUAUCAGCGGAAACUCCAUCAGCUUCAGUGGCCAACAAAUCGUGAGUGGCUUGCUAGCCCUCUUGUCGAUUGCCUGCGCCGUGGGGCUGGUGCUCGAUCCCUCCAGUUCCCUGCUCUAUUGGGCACUGGUCAUUUUUGCCUCGGCCUUGGGACUCUUGCUUGUUCUCCCAAUCGGCGGAGCGGACAUGCCGGUGGUGAUCGCCCUGCUGAACUCCUAUUCGGGGCUCGCUGCCGCGGCCACGGGUUUUGUGAUUAACAACAACAUGUUGAUCAUCGCCGGUUCGCUAGUGGGUGCCUCGGGUUUGAUUCUCACCCGGAUUAUGUGCGUGGCGAUGAAUCGCUCGCUGUUCAAUGUGCUGUUCGGCGUGAUGGCCGAAGGCGGCGAAGUGGCCGACGCCGACGAAGUGUACGCCGGCAAGGUGAAGAGCGUUUCGGCCGAAGAGGCCGCCAUGAUCUUCGAGACGGCUCGUCGUGCGGUGAUUGUGCCCGGCUACGGGUUGGCCGUUUCGCAAGGCCAGCACGCGGUUCGCGACUUGGCCAACUUGCUAGAAACGCGUGGCUGCCAGGUGCAAUACGCCAUCCAUCCGGUGGCCGGCCGCAUGCCGGGGCACAUGAACGUGCUAUUGGCCGAAGCCAACGUUGAUUACGACAAGAUGGUCGAAAUGGACGCCAUCAACCCUCAAUUCGAGAAGGUUGAUAUCGUUCUAGUCAUCGGUGCUAACGACGUGGUCAAUCCUUUGGCCCGCACCGAUCCGAAUUCUCCCAUCGCCGGAAUGCCGGUGCUCGAUGUCGAUAAAGCCAAUACGGUGAUCAUCGUCAAACGAAGCCUGAGCCCGGGGUUUGCCGGCAUCCCCAACCCUUUGUUCGCGGCAGACAACUCCUUGAUGCUCUUCGGCGACGGACAGAAGAUCGUCCUCGACCUGGUCGCAGCUUUGGAAGAAGCUUAA